AAUCACUAAUUCCGCAAUAAUUAGCCCCUUGAGGUAGCCCCAUCAGCUAUGCCUAAUUAAUGGAUGUUUUCGCAGAAAUAAGAUCCAAUAUGUAUGUUGCAUGAUGGUAAACAACCCUCGACAGCUUCUUUUGUUCCGUUAAAGGAAAAUGUCCACAGCUGUGAGAUGCAUUAUGUGGUGGUUGCGUGCUGUUGUGUAUAUAAAGUGAGAUCCUUCACAGAAUCGUCGCAGUUUCUGCAAGAUGGGAUCCCUGUUUCUGAGCAUUCUUGCUGUUGCUGCUUUCGUGUGCAGUGCCCUCAAUGCGCGUUUGCAAGGAAGUGCUGAGGAUGAGUACAAUUAUGCACCAUUGAGAGCCAAUUUGGGAUUUCAGUGUGAUGCCAGGGAUACAGCAUGCAUUGAGGAAUUUAUCAGGAAGCAUCAACAAGUGGAGAGUAGUGGUGCUGCUGAGGGUGUGGUAGAUGAUAGUUAUCCAGUGGAACCACAGAGGAAUCAUCUUGACUUUCUUUCAUUGAUAUCCGGAAGGAAUUCUGGGACAGAAUUGGAGAAAAGGAAAGACUAUUCAGAGACUGAAUUCAAAUCCCACUACUUACCCUCGUGUGCCUGCCAAGCAAAUUACGAACCGCUGGACUUGGGUUACAACAACUUCCCGCGGUACAUCAUGAGUGCCGUUUGCUUAAAUCGCGAGGAUACAUCGCGAAAGUGCUGGCGCGGUUCGCGAUGCCGCGAAGUUCCGUUCAAGGUGCACGUCCUGACCCACAGAACGAAUGGAGAUUCCCUGAAGGAUCAGCAAUUUGACGACGACGCACGCACAUCAUCCAUGGUCCCAGAUUCUCUGCGGUCCAUGUGGCGCGUGAAGAUCGUCACGGUGGCGUCUACGUGCCAGUGCACGCAGUAGAGGGAUGAUUGGCAUUUGAAAUGGCACAAUAAAUGAUAUCGUCAAA